AUGGACAACUCUUCAGAUGCUCACAGCCGUCACCGGUGCGCGGCGUGCUACCGGCAGUUCAACCGGAUGGAGCACCUGGUGGAGCACAUGCGGACGUCGCACCACUCCCUCCACGAGCCCCGCUGCGGCGUCUGCGGCAAGCACUGCCGCUCCCUCGACGCCCUCCGCGACCACCUCGGCUUCGGCGCCUCCCUGCCCUCCAAGCCCGCCUGCGCCGCCGCCUUCCAAGCCCACGGCUGCCCGCUCUGCCUCGCCGUCUUCCCCGCCUCCGCCGCCGUACGUGCCCACCGCCCGACCUGCAAGCUCUCCGGGGCGCCCCAUCCUUCGUCGGUGCAGAGCCUCACCCGAAGCAUGUCGAGGGUGGGCGCGCGAGGCGGCCGCGGCGCGGUGGCACUCGGGUGCAAGAUGGUGGGCGGCGGGAGCGACGGCACGCUGGACGUGUGUGCGCGCGUCUGCGUCGUCGACGAGCACGAGACCAUCCUCUACGAGAGCUUCGUGAAGCCGCUCAUCCCGGUGACGCACUACCGGUACGAGACCACGGGCAUCCGGCCCGAGCACCUCCGCGACGCGCCCACGGUGAAGCAGGCGAUGAGGCGGGUGCAGGACAUCCUCCUCAACGGCGAGGAGUCCUACUCCUACUCCUCCCGCGGCGCCGCCCGGCUCCUCGUGGGCCACGGGCUGGAGCACGACCUCGACGCGCUGGGCAUGGACUACCCGGCGCACCUGAAGCGGGACACGGCGACAUACCCGCCGCUGAUGAAGACCAGCGCCAGGCUCAUGAGCAACUCGCUCCGGUAUCUCACGCGGAGCUGCCUGGGCUAUGACAUACAGACCGGCGGCCAUCAUCACCCCUACGACGACUGCGUGGCCGCCAUGCGCCUGUACAAGAGGAUGCGCGCCAUCAGCCACCUGCACCUGCAGGGCCGGCCCAAGGACGGCGAUGAUGAGUCCACGGCCAAGGCGUUCCCGGCGUGGAGGCAGCGAGAGCUGGAGCGCAUGUCGCCGGAGGAGCUCCUGGCGAUGUCCCAGCCCGACUACCGACGUUGGUGCCUCGACGACGACCGGCGAUGCUGA